AUGGUACCGCCUGGCAGCGGCGAUACGAAAGAGGAGGCCUUCCAAGAAGAUCUGAACAACAUCCUGUGCUGCCCCGACUGCAGAGAGAUCCCGCCAAACCUGAUCGAGGAGUUCUCCAGUGGUGACGUGGUGUGCGAGAGCUGCGGCGUCGUAGUCGGAACCCGGAUCAUCGACACGCGCUCAGAAUGGCGUACAUUUGCCAACGACGACCAGGGCGGCGACGACCCUAGCCGUGUCGGUGGACCGCAGGACGAGUUCGUUGAAGGCCAGCAGCUCGCGACCACUGUGGCCUUCUCCGAGUCCAAGGCCCACAAGGCUUUGUCCCGCACUCAGAACAACACCAACCAGGACAAGGCUCAGAAGGGCCUCAUGCAGGCAUACAAGGAGAUCGUUUCACUGUGCGAAGCUAUCAACAUGGGCCAGAACGUCUCCAACGCCGCCAAGCACAUCUUCAAGCUCGUCGACAAGCACAAGUUCCUCAAGGGCAAGCCCCAGGAGGCCGUCAUCGCUGGAUGCAUCUUCAUCGCCUGCCGGCAGAACAACGUGCCUCGAACUUUCCGCGAAAUCUUCAACCUGACCAGCGUGAGCAAGAAGGAAGUCGGACGUGUGUUCAAGCAGCUGCAGUCCUUCCUGCAGAAACUGCAGGGACAGGACGGCGAGGCGACAGGCCUCAACACCGUCACAAACUACGAGAACACAUCCGUGGGCGCCGAGGAUCUCUGUGGCCGCUACGUGUCUCAGCUCGGAUUCAAGUACCAGCAGAAGAUCUCCAAGAUCUCCCGGGAUCUGGCUGAGCAGGCCAAUGAGAUCUCGGCACUCGCAGGCCGAUCACCCCUGUCAGUCGCCGCGGCAUGCAUCUACAUGGCAUGCCAUCUCGUCGGAGAGCCACGCCCGUCUCUCCCCAUCGCCAAGCAGGCGGGUGUCAGCGACGGCACCGUCAAGACUGCGUACAAGCACCUAUUCGCUGCGCGGGAGCAGCUCAUCAAGAAGGAAUGGCUCGAGAACGGCGGCAGCAUGGACAACAUCCCCCAGGUUCAGGUUUAA